GGGCGCGUCCGGUUUUUCUCAGGGGACGUUCAAAUUAUUUUUGUAACGGGAGUCGGGAGGGGACGGGGCGUGCCCCGAGGUGCGCGCGCGCCGUCAGUUUUCGGCGCUCCUCCUCAGCUCGCUGCUCCUGCCUUGAGAAGGCGUCAUGCCGCCCAAAACCCCGAGAAGAGCAGCUGCCGCCGCCGCCGCCGCGGUGGAACCCCCGGCGCCGCCGCCGCCGCCGCCUCCUGAGGAGGACGCGGAACAGGACAGUGGUCCUGAGGACUUGCCUCUGGCCAGGCUUGAGUUUGAAGAAACUGAAGACCCCGAUUUUACUGCAUUAUGUCAGAAAUUAAAGAUACCAGAUCAUGUCAGAGAAAGAGCUUGGUUAACUUGGGAGAAAGUAUCAUCUGUGGAUGGAGUAUUGGAAGGUUAUAUUCAAAAGAAAAAGGAAUUGUGGGGAAUCUGUGUCUUUAUUGCAGCAGUUGACCUCGAUGAGAUGCCAUUCACUUUUACUGAGCUACAGAAAAACAUAGAAAUAAGUGUCUAUAAAUUUUUUGACUUACUAAAAGAAAUUGAUACCAGUACCAAAGUUGAUAAUGCUAUGUCAAGAUUGUUGAAGAAAUAUAAUGUUUUGUGUGCACUCUACAGCAAAUUAGAAAGGACAUGUGAACUUAUAUAUUUAACACAACCCAGCAGUUCGGUAUCUACUGAAAUAAAUUCUCUGUUGGUGCUAAAAGUUUCUUGGAUCACGUUUUUACUAGCUAAAGGAGAGGUAUUACAAAUGGAAGAUGACCUGGUGAUCUCAUUUCAGUUAAUGUUGUGUGUUCUUGACUAUUUUAUCAAACUCUCACCUCCUGCAUUACUCAAAGAACCAUAUAAAACAGCUGUAAUACCUGUUAAUGGUUCACCUCGAGCACCCAGGCGAGGGCAAAACAGAAGUGCCCGGAUAGCAAAACAGCCAGAGCAAGAUACAAGAAUUAUUGACAUGCUCUGUAAAGAACAUGAUUGUAAUAUAGAUGAGGUGAAAAAUGUUUAUUUCAAAAAUUUUAUUCCAUUUAUGAAUUCUCUUGGAAUUGUUGCUUUUAAUGGACUUCCAGAGGUUGAAAGUCUCUCUAAACGAUAUGAAGAAAUUUAUCUUAAAAACAAAGAUCUAGAUGCAAGAUUAUUUUUGGAUCAUGAUGAAACUCUCCAGAAUGAUCCUUUGGACAGUUUUGAAUUGCAGAGAACACCACGAAAAAAUAAUCCUGAUGAAGAAGUAAAUGUGAUUCCUCCACACACUCCAGUUAGGACUGUUAUGAAUACCAUUCAACAAUUAAUGAUGAUUUUAAACUCAGCAAGUGAUCAACCUUCAGAAAAUCUGAUUUCCUAUUUCAAUAACUGCACAGUGAAUCCAAAAGAAAAUAUUCUGAAAAGAGUGAAGGAUAUUGGAUGCAUCUUUAAAGAAAAAUUUGCCAAAGCUGUGGGACAGGGUUGUGUUGAUAUUGGAUCACAGCGAUACAAACUUGGAGUCCGAUUAUAUUACCGAGUAAUGGAAUCCAUGCUUAAAUCAGAAGAAGAGCGAUUAUCCAUUCAAAAUUUUAGCAAACUCCUGAAUGACAACAUCUUUCAUAUGUCUUUAUUGGCGUGUGCUCUAGAAGUUGUAAUGGCUACAUAUAGCAGAAGUACAUCUCAGAAUCUUGAUUCUGGAACAGAUUUGUCCUUCCCAUGGAUUCUGAAUGUACUUAAUUUAAAAGCCUUUGAUUUUUACAAAGUGAUUGAAAGUUUUAUCAAAGCUGAAGCUAACUUGACAAGAGAAAUGAUAAAACAUUUAGAACGAUGUGAGCAUCGAAUCAUGGAAUCCCUUGCAUGGCUUUCAGAUUCACCUUUAUUUGAUCUUAUUAAACAGUCAAAGGACAGAGAGGGACCAGCUGAUCAUUUUGAAUCUGCUUGUCCUCUCAACCUUCCUCUCCAAAAUAAUCACACUGCAGCAGAUAUGUAUCUUUCUCCUGUAAGAUCCCCAAAGAAAAAAAGUUCAACCACACGUGUAAAUUCUACUGCAAAUGUAGAGACACAAGCAACCUCAGCCUUCCAGACUCAGAAGCCAGUGAAAUCUACCUCCCUUUCACUCUUUUACAAAAAAGUGUACCGGCUAGCAUAUCUCCGACUAAAUACCCUAUGUGCACGCCUUCUGUCUGACCACCCAGAACUAGAGCACAUCAUCUGGACCCUUUUCCAGCACACUCUGCAAAAUGAGUAUGAACUCAUGAGAGAUAGGCAUUUGGACCAGAUUAUGAUGUGUUCCAUGUAUGGCAUAUGCAAAGUAAAGAACAUAGAUCUUAAAUUCAAAAUCAUUGUGACAGCAUACAAGGAUCUUCCUCAUGCUGUUCAGGAGACAUUCAAACGUGUUUUGAUAAGAGAAGAAGAAUAUGACUCCAUUAUAGUAUUCUACAACUCGGUCUUCAUGCAGAGGCUGAAAACAAAUAUUUUGCAGUAUGCUUCCACCAGGCCCCCUACCUUGUCACCAAUACCUCACAUUCCUCGAAGCCCUUACAAAUUUUCUAGUUCGCCCUUACGGAUUCCUGGGGGGAAUAUCUAUAUAUCACCCCUGAAGAGUCCAUAUAAAAUUUCAGAAGGUUUGCCAACACCAACAAAAAUGACUCCAAGAUCAAGAAUCUUAGUAUCAAUUGGUGAAUCUUUUGGGACUUCUGAGAAGUUCCAGAAAAUAAACCAGAUGGUAUGUAACAGCGAUCGAGUGCUCAAAAGAAGUGCUGAAGGAAGCAACCCUCCCAAACCCCUGAAAAAACUGCGUUUUGAUAUUGAAGGAACGGAUGAAGCCGAUGGAAGUAAACAUAUUCCAGGGGAGUCCAAAUUUCAACAGAAACUUGCAGAAAUGAUUCUCGGUUUUUCUUCCAGCAUCUACUCGAACAAGAAUGCAGAAGCAAAAAAUGAAUGAUAAUAUGGAUACCUCAAACAAGGAAGAAAAGUGAGGAUCUCAGGAGCUUGGUGGACACCGUGGACACCUCUGCCUCUCACGAUGUGACUAUAUGUGUCUCCCAGGUUCUGCCUAUGGCCAUAUUUAAUAUUUUCAGCUCUUUUGUAGAUAAAAAAUGUGCAGAUCCGA